ACUUACUUUUGCAGGCCAGUGUAGUUUGUCGAAUCUUGAUCACCACAGUUCUAUUGCAAAGGCAUAAAUGACCUUCCUAUUAGACGACAGCAAUGUAUAAAUUAUAAUGAAAACUCAAAACUAUGAUCGGACUUGACCUAAUACUGCGAAGAAAAAAGCAAUAAAAACGCCGAGAACAUGGAUGUAUGGACUAUGGGCCUGAACCCUUUGCCUGUCCUUAUAUUGGAAGAAGAAAGGCAGAAACCCAAAAAAAAGUUAUCAGUGGACGGCUUACUUGUUUAUUUUCCAUACGAAUAUAUUUAUCCAGAACAGUAUGCUUACAUGCUUGAACUUAAAAGAGCAUUGGAUGCAAAGGGUCAUGGUCUCCUUGAAAUGCCAUCUGGCACAGGCAAGACAAUAUCGCUGCUAUCACUUAUUGUUGCAUACAUGAUACAGAAUCCACAUCAUGUGAGGAAACUCAUAUACUGCUCUCGAACUGUACCUGAAAUUGAAAAAGUAUUGGAAGAACUGAAGAAUCUAUUUAAAUACUAUGAGAGUGCUCAAGGGGAGAAACCAAACCUUGUUGGAGUUGUUUUGAGUUCUAGGAAAAACUUAUGUAUCCAUCCUGAGGUGUCAAGGGAACGAGAGGGAAAACUCGUAGAUGGAAAAUGUCACGCACUUACUGCGAGCUACAUAAGAGAAAAAAGUGAAGUGGACCCUUCAGUGCCGACAUGUCAGUUUUACGAGGGGUUCAACCGAGAAGGCAAGGAGUCCAUGCUUCCAUAUGGGGUGUACACGAUGGAUGAUCUCAAGCAGUAUGGAGCUGAUAGAAACUGGUGUCCGUACUUUCUGUCGCGCUUUGCGAUUAUUCACGCGGAAAUAGUUGUGUAUUCCUACCAUUACCUACUGGACCCCAAGAUCGCCGAGGUGGUGUCGAAGGAGCUGAACAAGGAGGCGGUAGUGGUAUUCGAUGAGGCCCAUAACAUAGACAAUGUUUGCAUAGACUCGCUCAGUGUCAAGAUUACCCGCCGGACCAUAGACAAGAGCACGCAGGCGCUGCAGUCACUGGAGAAGACCGUCGCGCAGAUACGGGAGGAGGACUCGGCGCGACUGACGGCGGAGUACGAGCAGAUGGUGGAGGGGCUACGAGAAGCUGCCUACGCGCGGGAGACCGACGCCAUCUUGGGGAAUCCCGUGCUACCCGACGAAAUACUCAACGAGGUGGUGCCCGGUAACAUUCGCAACGCGGAGCACUUCCUGGGGUUCCUGCGGCGGUUCAUCGAGUACAUAAAGACCAGGCUGCGGAUACAGCACGUGGUUCAGGAGUCUCCCGCAGGGUUCCUGAAGGACGUGGCCAGCCGCGUGUGCAUCGAGCGCAAGCCGCUGCGGUUCUGCGCGUCGCGGCUGUCGUCGCUGCUGCGCACGCUGCGGGUCCCGGACCCGUCGACCCUGGCGGCCCUGACGCUGGUCACGCACCUGGCCACGCUGGUCUCCACCUACACCAAGGGCUUCGUGGUCAUCAUCGAGCCCUUCGACGACAAGACGCCCACCGUCUCCAACCCGAUCCUACACUUCUCAUGUAUGGACUCGUCAAUAGCAAUGCGGCCGGUCUUCGCAAGGUUUCAGAGCGUCAUCAUUACUUCAGGGACCUUGUCACCUCUGGACAUGUACCCCAAGAUCCUGGACUUCAAUCCAGUGGUUAUGAGCUCGUUCACCAUGACUCUCGCCAGGCCUUGCUUAUUGCCAAUGAUAGUAUCCAAAGGCAGCGACCAGGUAGCGAUAUCGUCCAAAUACGAGACGAGAGAGGAUGUCGCUGUCAUCAGGAACUACGGCCUGUUGCUUGUUGAGAUAUCGGCGUGCGUGCCCGACGGCGUGGUCUGCUUCUUCACCUCGUACCUGUACCUGGAGAGUGUGGUCGGAGCUUGGUACGACCAGGGUGUCGUGGCAAGUCUACAGAAACACAAGCUGCUGUUCAUAGAGACGCAGGACUCUGCAGAGACGAGUUUCGCGCUCAUAAACUACAUCAAGGCGUGCGAGAGCGGCCGCGGCGCCGUGCUGCUGUCGGUAGCCCGCGGUAAGGUGUCGGAGGGCGUGGACUUCGACCACCACCUGGGCCGCGCCGUGCUCAUGUUCGGCAUCCCCUACGUGUUCACGCAGAGCCGCAUCCUGAAGGCGCGCCUGGAGUACCUGCGGGACCAGUUCCAGAUUCGCGAGAACGACUUCCUAACGUUCGACGCCAUGCGGCACGCGGCGCAGUGUGUGGGCCGGGCGAUACGCGGUAAGACGGACUACGGCGUGAUGAUAUUCGCGGACAAGCGAUUCAGCCGCGCCGACAAACGGAGCAAGCUGCCGCGAUGGAUACAGGAGCACCUCAAGGACUCUCUCACCAACCUCAGUACCGAGGAGGCCGUGCAGAUUUGCAAGCGCUGGCUCCGGCAGAUGGCACAACCGUUCACACGUGAGGACCAGCUCGGGGUGUCGCUACUCACGCUGCAACAGCUGCAGACUCAGGAGCAACAGGACAAGAUCGAACGACAGGUCAUACAGAAGUGAUGCGUCCGACACACCCGAGCAUAUCUCUGUGAUACAUCCGUGUAAUGUGCACUAUGACGUCACAUCGUGCGUUGCCGCAUGUCUUUCAACCGUAAUACACAAGGUGACACAGCCAGUGUUCCUCAGUGAUACACCUGUGUAGUGUUGUAUAUGUUGAUACUCUGGUGCAUUGUGCACUUGUAAAUGUCUACUACAUUUGUAAUAUUGUAUACAACAUUGUGGUUGCUGGACAAUCUAAGUGUAAGAAUAAAUGAUGGCGAUUUAUUA